ACAGACGUUUCCAGCUCAGGCGUGAAGCGGAACGAAAGUCUGAGUUCCGCUUACUCCCCCGGACAACAAUCGGGCGGACCAGUAGGUGACUGAAGAGCAAGCCCUUGUCCUUAAACUUGGAUGCAGUGGAAUUGACCUCAUCUCCCAUUAUAUUUCUUAUUUAAAAAUAAGGAUAUUGCAACAUCACAAUGUCUCUUGCGGCAGAGGCUUUCGUGUCACAGAUGGCAGCUGCUGAGCCCUGGCCUGAAACUGCAACCCUGUACCAACCCCUGAAGGAUGAUCAGAUUCUGCUGUCAGACUGCGCUUCAUCUCUCGCUGUUCAGGCCUACCUCAGGAUGUGUGGUCUGCCUGUUCGGGUGGCUUGUAGAGCAAAUGCUGAAUACAUGUCACCUUCGGGUAAGAUUCCCUUCAUCCAUGUAGGGAAUCAGGUGGUGUCAGAACUGGGGCCGAUAGUGCAAUUCACCAAAGCCAAGGGUCAUUCUCUGAGCGAUGGCUUAGAUGAUGUUCAGAGAGCUGAAAUGAAAGCGUACAUGGAGCUGGUCAACAAUAUGCUGCUUACUGCUGAGUUGUACAUCCAGUGGUGUGAUGACGCUACAGCUGCUGAAAUCACACGCCCCAGAUACAGCAGUCCUUACUCGUGGCCUCUAAACAACAUCCUUGCCUAUCAGAAGCAGUGGGAGGUUCGCAGGAAGAUGAACGCCAUUGGCUGGGGUGGAAAAACCCUGGAGCAGGUUUAUGAGGAUGUGAGUCAGUGCUGCCAGGCUCUGUCCCAGAGGCUGGGAACACAACCAUACUUCUUUAAUAAACAACCUACAGAACUGGACGCAUUGGUGUUUGGACACCUCUUCACUAUACUCACCACCAGACUGACCAGCACGGAGCUGGCAGAGAGGAUCAGGAGCUACAGUAACCUGCUGUCUUUCUGCAGACGUAUCGAACAGACCUACUUUGAAGACAAGAGCUAGACAAGACAGAAAAUAGCCUCUCUGUAUUGUCUCAUCUUAUACAUUCUGUCGUUUCCUCUCUCAUUCCCUCAAUGUAGCACCGAGAAGCUGAAAGCUGUGUAUAUUCACAUAUGUGUCCCUUUAUAAUUCUCGCUUUCUUCCCCCCUUUUGCUUUGUGCUUGUACAUUUUUGCAUGCUGCUGAUGGAAGUCUAGAGGAGCCUCUUUUAAGGAUUAACACGUCUCCACUGUACAUACACAAACGUACCAGGAAGGGUCCUUUACUGUAAUGUCAAGUAUGGCUAACACCACAGUAAAGAUCAUCUCUAAGGGUAUUUACAACACGUGUACCAUCUAAAAAGAAUUUUCCAGUUGAAUUGCUUCAGGGUGCCAUUAAAUAAAUGAUGAUGGAAGCUUUACACUUCAGGCACCAUGUGAAUGAAAGAAGAACACUGAUGAUGGAAAUGCAGCACUUCACAGAUCCCAAGAGGAGGUUAGAAGUUGAGUUAAGCUUAGAUGAUCUGACUGGGAUUCAGCAGUGUGGAUUCUUCCCAACUCAGAGGCACAGACUUAUUAAUAUGCUCUUAUUUCUUCUGUUUGCACACACAGGAAUGCUGUCUGCUCUGACCUGUGACCUCGAUGGUCACAGACUCUCAGAGAGGUUGGGUGUGUGUUUCACAGCUGUAAAAGCUUGUAAAAAAUGUGUGGCAGAGUUGGCAUACUCACUUUCCUCCUGUACAAAAAUCACAACCAUAGUGAUAACGAAGAAGAUGUGAGUUAUGGAUUAUUUUCUUUGUGUGAAUUGAAAGUGCCUACAAAGUAAACGUCAUUAAAUCCAA